AUGGUUCGUAGUGGGAGCGAUAGAAUCCAUCGUAAACGCUCAAGAAGCCGUUCACGGAGUCCUCGUCGUCAUCGUCGUAGUAGUAGAUCUCGGUCUCGAUCGCCUCGUCAUAAACUACAUAAAUCAAUAAGAGACAGAAAAAAGUCUAGAUCUCCUCGUCGUUCCCGGUCACCACGUAACAAAAGGAAGUCACCAGAGCGUAAGCCUGAAGAAGUGCCUUUUGAUCCAACCAAUCCAGAUAAGGAAACUGAACAGAAAAAACUUGAAUUAGAAAUGCAAAAGCGUCGAGAACGUAUUGAACGUUGGAGAGCAGAACGCAAAAAAAAAGAAUUAGAUAGUGUAAAAAAAGAUGUUCGAACUACAAUUAUGUCAAACCUACAAAUACCUUCAAAAAAAUGGAAUUUAGAAGAUGAUAGCGAUGAGGAAGAAGAAGGAAAAAACAAUGCAGAGAAAUUGAUUGAAGAAGAAGAAAUUGAUCCUUUAGAUGCUUUUAUGCAGGGUGUUCAAGAAGAAGUACGUAAAGUUAAUAAAGUAGAUGGGCAUCGAAGUAAUUUAACAGAAAAAAAUUCAUUGAAUGAUCUUAAACAAAGUCUAGGAGUUGACACUACUAGUUSAGGAGUUGUAAUCGUAUCUGGAGUAGCAAAGAAAAAAGAUAAUAACACCAGAGGUGAACUCAUUGAGCAAAAUCAAGAUGCCUUGGAAUAUUCAUCUGAAGAAGAACAAGAGGAUUUGAAUGUAGCUGCAGCUAGUUUAGCUAAUAAACAAAAGAAAGAAUUACCAAAAAUUGAUCAUGCUGAAAUUAGUUAUUUACCAUUUAGGAAAAAUUUUUAUGUUGAAGUACCAGAAAUAUCCCGUAUGACUGCCGAAGAAGUAGAAAAAUAUAAAGAGGAAUUAGAAGGUGUUCGAGUAAAGGGAAAAGGAUGUCCUCGACCUAUAAAAGUAUGGGCUCAUUGUGGUGUGAGCAAAAAGAUUAUGGAUAAUUUAAAAAAACAUAAUUAUGAAAAACCUACUCCUAUACAAACACAAGCUAUUCCUGCUAUAAUGGCUGGACGAGAUCUUAUUGGUAUUGCAAAAACUGGAAGUGGUAAGACUCUGGCGUUUUUAUUGCCAAUGUUUAGGCAUAUUAUGGAUCAGCCUCCUUUGGAAGACACUGAUGGACCAAUUGCUAUUGUUAUGGCACCUACAAGAGAACUUUGUAUGCAGACUGGAAAAGAAGCACGCAAGUUUACUAAGAGUUUAGGGUUAAGAGUUGUAUCAGUUUAUGGUGGUACUGGAAUAUCUGAACAAAUAGCAGAAUUAAAACGUGGUGCUGAAAUUAUUGUAUGUACUCCUGGUCGAAUGAUUGAUAUGUUAGCUGCUAAUAAUGGUAGAGUUACUAAUUUAAGACGAGUAACAUAUGUGGUAUUAGAUGAGGCUGAUCGAAUGUUCGACAUGGGAUUUGAACCUCAAGUAAUGCGGGUAAUAGAUAAUAUACGCCCAGAUCGUCAAACUGUAAUGUUUAGUGCUACAUUUCCUCGUCAGAUGGAAGCUUUAGCUAGACGAAUACUACAAAAACCUGUUGAAGUUCAAAUUGGAGGUAGAAGUGUUGUUGCCAAAGAAGUCGAACAGCAUAUAGUUAUUGUAGAAGAAGAACAAAAGUUCAUGAAGUUACUUGAAGUUUUAGGAGUUUAUUACGAAAAAGGAAGUUGUAUUGUGUUUGUAGAUACUCAUGAGAAUGCAGAUACACUUCUACAGAAAUUGUUAAAAGCGUCCUACCCAUGCAUGGCAUUACAUGGUGCUAUAGAUCAAUAUGAUAGAGAUAGUACUAUAGUUGAUUUUAAAAGUGGUCAAAUCAAAUUGUUAGUUGCUACUUCUGUUGCUGCCAGAGGAUUAGAUGUUAAAGACUUGAUAUUAGUGGUUAAUUAUGACUGUCCCAAUCAUUAUGAAGAUUAUGUUCAUAGAUGCGGGAGAACUGGAAGAGCAGGUAAUAAAGGAUUUGCAUACACGUUAGUUUCACCUGACCAAGAAAGAUUUGCUGGUGAUUUAAUAAGAGCUUUGGAAACAUCUAAUGUACCUGUACCAGAAUCUUUGCGUACCAUGUGGCUACGUUACCAAGCAAAACAAGCUGCAGAAGGAAAGCAAGUUCAUACAGGUGGUGGUUUUAGUGGAAAAGGAUUUAAAUUUGAUGAAACUGAAGCUGUUAUGGCUAAUGAAAAGAAGAAAUUACAAAAAGCUGCUCUAGGUCUUCAAGAUUCAGACGAUGAAGACAUAGAAGGAGAUAUUGAUCAACAAAUUGAAACAAUGCUUGCACCUAAGAGAAUUGUAAAAGAAGUAAAAGCUAGUGCUAUAGGACUUCCAAAUUUAACUGGCUUAAUGGAAGUAAAUGGAACUCCUCAAGCAUCAGAACGACUUGAAUUAGCCAAACGUUUAGCUUCACGAAUCCAUAUUGCUAAAAACCUUGGACCAGAUGCCAAAGGUGCAUCACAGCAAACUGCAGAAGCUAUAUUAAAGGGUGGUCUUGCUAGCUCUCAACCUGUUAUUACUGCUAAGACUGUUGCUGAACAAUUAGCAGCUAAAUUAAAUACCCGGCUGAAUUAUCAACCAAAAGACGAUGAUGGUGAGAGUGAAUGCGGAGAUAGUCCUGAAGCAGGCUUAGAAGAAGUAUUUAGAAAGUAUGAAGAAGAAUUAGAAAUUAAUGAUUUCCCCCAGCAAGCUAGAUGGAGAGUUACUUCUAAGGAGGCUUUAGCUCAAAUAUCAGAGUAUUCAGAAGCAGGGAUAACAGUCAGAGGUACUUAUUAUCCACCACCUAAAAAUCCUCCUGAAGGCGAACGUAAACUAUUUUUAGCUAUUGAAAGUACUGAUGAAUUAGCAGUUUCUAAAGCAAAAAUAGAAAUCACUCGUCUUAUCAAAGAAGAAUUAUUGAAAAUGCAAACUUCUGCACAUCACAUGGUUAAUAAAGCUCGAUAUAAAGUCUUGUAA